AGCAAUGCGAGCUGUGGCAGCGUCGCGAGCACAGGGACAGCACGUUCUACCACGUCGGUUCAGGUGUUUUCACCGGCUACUGCACCCGCGGCGUGGGGCACCAACCCGCAUCUGCUGUACGAACUGAAUGGGAUGACCACGACAACCUCAAAUAAAACAUGUAAUGCUAGUACUGGCACUGCUGGUAGUCAACAACAGAGUCCUGCUUGUGGUUGUAACCCAAUGCCAGGUGGUGCUGAAGGCUCUUGUGCUGGAGUAAACAAUACAAGCUCUUUUUCAUCCACUGGAACCGGCAACAAUAGAAAUAGCAACGUACUCGUAUCGGGAACAAGUAUGAGAAGCAGAACAGGGAGUAUGGCCAGCAGUAAUGGAGGACGAAACAGCAUGAUUGCUGGCC